AUGAAUUUGUGUGAGCCCGUGGAGCUUUCAAUAAAAUGCAGAAAUCUACCCGACAAAGAUUUCUCCAGCAAGUCCGAUCCCUUCGUCAUCAUGUAUUUCGAAGAAAACGGUCGUAAAACAGAAUUCGCUCGGACGGAAAUUGUCAGAGACUCACUCAACCCGGAGUUUUCGACGAAGUUCGAUGUCGACUACUUUUUUGAAAAGAAGCAAAAUGUCGUUUUUGAAGUUAUGGACUCGGACGAUGGGACGAACAGGGGAAAAGAUCGGCAUGAUGAGCUUGGAGAGUGCAAAACGACGCUUGGGGAGAUUAUUGGCGCUUCUAGUGGAAGACAUAUCAGAAGAUUGCCAAUCGCCGUUGAGAAUGUUCCAACGAAGAAAGGAUUUUUUACAGGAAAAGAAGCAGUGAGAACGAUUCUUGAAAUAAGAAGAGGUGCAGGAGAUGCGGACAACACGCUUGUUUUCAGAUCUAAAGAACUCAAAUCCGAAGAUCCAAAGUUUCAAGUCGAAAUCCCCGGUGCCAAACUCAAUAAUGGCGAUCCCAGUCGAGAAAUACUUAUCCAGCUCUACCGAUAUCGCAAAAGCGAAAUGGCUCAAGAACUCAUCGGACAGAUCUCUCUCGAUGGUCACGAGCUAGAAAACUGGGCAUCUUCCGGUGAGAAGAAAGGAAUCAAAGACAAGACCUGUGCGAAGCUCAAGAACUUCAAGAAGUCAGUCGAUUAUACCUUCUUCGACUUCAUCAGUCACGGAUUGAUGAUCAACUGCAUGACCUCGAUCGAUUUUACCGGGUCAAAUGGCGACCCAAAAAGUCAAAACUCCCUUCACUUCGUCGACAAUUCUGGCAGCAAUCGAUUCAAUCAGUACGAGUCAGCAAUUUGGUCCGUCAAUUCCAUCCUCGAAGACUACGAUUCUGACAAGCUCUUUCCAGUCUACGGCUUUGGCGCGAAAGUUCCAAAUCUUGGCGUUUCGCACAUGUUCCCCUGCAAUCUCAACCCGCAGAAUCCGUUUGUCCAGGGAACUACCGGCGUUUUGCAGACGUAUCGUGAUUGUAUCCGCGCCGUUCAGCUUUACGGUCCUACAAACUUUGCGCCUACGAUCAGAGAAGCGUCGAGAAUGGCCGCAGAAGCAGAUAAACGGAAAAACUAUUUUGUUCUGCUGAUUCUCACAGAUGGAGCGAUAACGGACGUAGACUCAACAAUCAACGCAAUCGUUCAAGCAUCAAAUCAUCCUCUUUCGAUAAUUAUCGUCGGCGUUGGCUCAGCUGACUUCUCAACCAUGGAAUGCCUGGAUGGCGAUGACGGAGUCCUUGUUGAUUCCCACAGAAAUCGGGCUGCACGUGACAUUGUCCAAUUCGUCCCCUUUUCUCGAUUUUGUCGACCGAACUCACCGCCUGACAUGGCCGGGUUAGCUUCAGAAGUGCUCAAAGAAGUCCCAAAACAAGUCACGAGUUUCAUGAGAAGCCAUGGAAUUACGCCAAAUCUGGACUUUCAAUAUCAACAAUUUGAUCCUACUGUACCUCGUUACUGA